AUGGGUUUUGCGUGUAUUCCGACACAAAAUAUUGAAAAAGAAGGUUAGUUUGGUCAGAGACUUUUGAAGCUGAUGUUCUAAGCUGAGAUUUCAAAGAGUUUUUCAGUACCAAUUUCAAAAAUCCUUGAUAGUUCCACUUCAAAAUCGAUGUCAUCAACAUCAGUUAAAUCAUCUAAAACAUAUAAAACAUCUACCACAACAACAACCCUCCCACCUCUAUCUUGCCCUUCUACUGAUUGGAUUUUAUUCGAUCGGGGAACCUACUCUUGGUGUAUUUAUCUUUACUGGUUUCCUAGCCCUGUCUAUGGAAAUUCUGCUCUUCCUUAUUGUAAAACCCUCAACUCAGCAUCAGUCGUAUCCGGUUUUCAAAAUAGAGCUGAAGUUAAUAGUAUUUUGAGUGUUGCAAAUCCGAAAGGCUCGUGGCUUCAAAUAUUUAUCGGUGCCUAUCGAACUUCCGCAUGUAUGAAUUCGCAUCUCACAUCAACCUGUAAUCAAUUAACAACGUUUGAAUGGACUGAUAAACAUACAACUGGCACGGAUGGUUUUGUAUGGGAACCGAAUCAACCGGAUAACACGGGAUUGAUUCAACGUUAUGUAAUCUUGUGGACUGGACGAAAUUUUAUGGAUGAUACUGGUGGUAUGGGAAAUGGUGCGAUUUGUGGAAUUCAAGCCAAAUAUUUUUGA